AUGAGACGUGUGCCUCCCAGGCAUCUGGGCUUUGUGUGCGAGUCCUGCGCCUUCACGCGGACCCAGGCAGCCCAAUCACCCAUCAGCCUUCGAUUGUCCUCCCAAACCACAAACAUCUCCCAACGACUAGGCAGGACAUUAUCCACGCCGAGAUGGUCCUCAACGGUGGCAAGCAAUGUCAGCAGCGAACAUGAGCAGAUUCCAGCCGUCAAACAAACUCAAGCUAUCAACACACCGGCGCAAGUCACCGAGCCCGCCGACCUCGCUCGAUUAGCAGAAGACAGCAAGAAGAAGUUCCUCUCUGUCGACGGCAUCCCAGCCGCUCAAUUGACCAAUGCCGCACUGGAAUCCUGCCUCCGUGCGGCAAUCGCUCUCCAUCCUCAGCUAAAACGAGCAGAAGCACAAUCCAAAGCCUCUGCAUCAAAGCUGGUCACUCUCGGGGCGGAGCGAACCGGCGCGAGGAUACCAAUUGAAACCAAGAUCCAAGAAGCCGUCAAUAGAAUAUCCUACUCAGCAUACACCAUCAUCACACAUCCAAACGUCGAAAUGACACCCGAGUUUCUCGAAACCUACGUUGAAAUCCAAUCACAACUAGGACGACCCGAAUCCCUCCCAUCAGUCCUGGAGCUCUACUCCUCAAAACCAAAGCCCGUCGUGAAAGACGGCCAAAUUCAAUACAUCCCGCAGAAACCCAAUGCUGCUUCACGAGCCAUCGAAGAAGGCGUCGCUGCCACCGCGCUACAAACAGCCAUUGACGCGAAAAACCUAGAUGCCUCACUGGGAAUCAUCGAGGCGGCGUACACCGUGCCUGCAUUCAAGCGCCAGAAGUUAAUACGCCACGGUACCGCCCCGGCAAUCGGUCUUGCAACUCUGCCCUUUGGUAUCUUCGGCUUGUCGACCGCCUACGCUGCAUACUGGCAGAACACAAUGGACAUUAGUACCGCCACGGGCAUUGGUGUCGCCGGUAUUUCGGGAUACUUCUUCAUAGUGGGUUCGCUUGGUGUUAUUGCCAAGCUGAGCAACAAGGACCAAAUGAAGCGUGUGACGUGGGCGCCUGGAACGCCUCUGCGAUACAGGUGGCUACGGGAAGAUGAGCGCGCUGCGCUGGACAAGGUGGCUUGUGCGUGGGGAUAUAAAGAGCCGUGGCGACAUGGUGAAGAGACUGGGCCAGAGUGGGAAGGAUUAAAGGAGUACAUGGGCUAUAGACAGAUGUUGCUCGACCGUGUGGAGUUUAUGGAGGGUAUGAGCUAG